UUCAUUCGAACACCGAUGAGGCCGUCCUACUGGUGCAUGUCUGCCAUGUUUGUCGUCCUGUUCUUCAUCUACUUGUCGGCCGUAAAGCUGGUCCGCGGCCAACAGGACAUUGAGCUGACCUAUCACGACCACCAGGCCAUGACCACUCUACUGACCCAAUGGGCACAAAGCAAUCCCGAUUUGGCACAUCUCUACUCCAUUGGCAAAUCAGUACAAGGCCGCGAUUUAUGGGUAUUAUUGCUAACUAAGAAUCCACACGAAGAACCACUAUUGAAGCCAAACGUAAAAUAUGUGGCAAAUAUGCACGGAAACGAAGCCGUCGGACGAGAACUGAUGUUGCAAUUGAUUCCAUACCUCUUGAAUAACUACAGAACUGAUCCAUACGUGAGGUCUCUAUUGGAUAACACGCGCAUACAUAUCAUGCCAUCCAUGAAUCCGGACGGCUUUGAGAACUCAGUGGAGGGCCAGUGCACGGGUGGCCGCGAUUUAUGGGUAUUAUUGUUAACUAAGAAUCCACACGAAGAACCGCUAUUGAAGCCAAACGUAAAAUAUGUGGCAAAUAUGCACGGAAACGAAGCCGUCGGACGAGAACUGAUGUUGCAAUUGAUUCCAUACCUCUUGAAUAACUACAGAACUGAUCCAUACGUGAGGUCUCUAUUGGAUAACACGCGCAUACAUAUCAUGCCAUCCAUGAAUCCGGACGGCUUUGAGAACUCAGUGGAGGGCCAGUGCACGGGUGGUCAGGGAAGAUAUAAUAUCCGUGGGUUUGAUCUGAACCGUAACUUUCCCGACCAUUUCAAGGCCAACAAUAAGCAACAACAGCCCGAAACAGAGGUCGUCCGGGAAUGGAUGGAUUCGGUGCCGUUUGUACUGUCGGCCAAUCUUCACGGCGGAGCGUUAGUCGCUUCCUAUCCCUACGACAAUACUCCCAAUUCCAUCUUAUCUCAAUUUACACUUCACUCGAGUGAAAGUCGGACACCAGAUAACGAUGUGUUCAAACACUUGGCGUCAGUGUAUUCGUUAAAUCACUUGACUAUGCAUUUGGGCCAUCCCUGUCCUGAUGGCAGUAACACUGGUUUUGUCAACGGAACCACUAAUGGCGCGCAAUGGUAUCCAUUGACUGGCGGAAUGCAAGACUAUAACUACAUCCGCGCGUCGUGUCUGGAGAUCACAUUAGAGCUCUCGUGUUGCAAAUACCCGCCGCGACAAGACUUGGGCCGAUACUGGCGCGAGAAUAAGCGGUCGCUGUUGUUAUACUUGGGUGAAGUGCAUCGGGGGGUCAAAGGCAUGAUCACUGACGUGAACGGCAACGCCAUCACCACCUCUACGCUUAAGAUUAAAGAGCGAGACAUUGCCUUCAAGUCCUCAAAACGGGGCGAAUUUUGGCGCAUAUUAUUGCCCGGAGUCUACACUCUGGUCAUUACCGCCGACGGGUAUAAUAGUCUUGAACAGCAGUUCACUGUAGAGGAGGGCCGCAUAACUAUCCUCAACGUCCAGUUGACACCCAUUGGACUCGUAGUAAGUAAUCACUCGGUGUCGGUAAACGCCACGCACAGCACUAAACUCACUAACAAUCGGCAAACAAAUGCACCCAAUAUUACCACUAAAAGCAUCGGAUUAACUGGUGAUAAACACAUUUACGUGACGAUACCCUCUGUCACUGACGGCCAGGAAAAGUUUGCUAACUUGUUAGAGUCCAAACAAUGGAUGUAUAACAAUGCCGUUGAUAAUUGUGUGAAUGCACUACUCAUUUGUCACCAGUCAAUCCGCGGCGGCGGUACUUUACGGCCACCCUCUCUACUCAGUAGUCUCAACAACAAUAACAAUGCACUCUUGAUCUCAUCGCCGGCCAUCUCCUCCUCAUCGCAACCAUCGAAACUGCAAUUCUCCUCAAGUGCUUCGCCGCCGGCCAUCGGUUUCAGUAGUCUUCUGCGGCCCAAUCACACCAUAACUCUCGCCUCAGACCCAUUAGCGCCGCACCAAUACUCGUGGCCCACGUGGCCGUCCCGUCGCGGUCAGGCCAACGCACAGGCCGUCACAUCCGAUCUGACCAACACUGCGCCCAUUAGUAACUUAUUUAGUAGUCUUUCCAAUAGGAUUAACAGUUGGACCACAAAUUGG